AUGACUACGAGGUGGUCCUCCAAGCCGGCUACCCACAAGGCCGAGCGCCUCCGCAACAACCAGCGGCGCCACCGCGAGCGGGCCCGGUGCCGCGUCGCCGAGCUGGAGGCCCGCCUGGAGGAGACCCAGCUGCGGCUCGAGGCGGCCCUGGCGCGGAUCGCCGACCUGUCGGAGGAGCUGCGCCUCGCGACGACCGAGUGUCGCCGCCCCGCCGUGCGGGGGGGUGCCCGCUCCGUGCACCUCGAUGGCCAGGGGCUGUCGGGCAAGGCCAUUGGGGGGCCCGGGGGAGACAAGCCCGGAUAUCCAGAAGCGUCCACUCGUUCUAGUAGCCCGCCCCAAACCGCCGACAGCCCCCCCGCAGACCGGAGCGGUGCCGUCGGCUUCCCCAUCCCGCAAGAGCCACCCGCGAAGGACCCAACCAACCCCUCUUCUUCACCCCCUUCAUCUUGUCCCCCCUCUCCCCCCCCCCUGCUAUCGGCCCCUCCCGGCCUCGUCCCCGCCGCCGCCGCCCCCGAGAUCGGCGGCCGGGACAACUGCCAGUGCGCCGGCGACGGCGACGACGACGACCUACCGCCCCCGGUGCCGGGCGAGUCGACGUCGCUCUGCGGCGAGGCGUUUGCCAUGAUCGCGCAGCUCAACUACGGCGGGCUGGAGGUCUCAGCCAUCAGCCGGUGCCUGCGGCCCGGGUUCCGGCGGGAGGCCGUCCCCGGGGGUGGGUGCCGCGUCGAGAACGGGGUGCUGUUUUCGGUGCUGGAUUUUAUUAGUUCGUCGUGAGGGCCGAAAGGGGGGUGGGCGCUUGUGUUGUUUGAGAACGGCGAGCGGGCUCAAUCUGAUUUAGGUGUCAAAGCCGCUGCCAUGGUUUCGCUACGAUGGGGCGGUGAAGGCGGCCUGGGAACACAGUCCGAUGCUGCUACUAGACGCUGGGGCCCAAGAGGACUCGAGACUGUCAAAUUACAACUUUUCAAUAAAGAGGAAGGACUAGCUAGGAUAACCAAAGAUUUCCCCCCUUUUCCCCCCCCCUCUCCUGGCUGAAAGAUUAGCAUCCUGUUGUGACGUUAACAUAAAACGAAUGGAAAGAACUACACAGUCGUCCUCCCGAAAACCAGCCUGUACCAUGAGGCUUCUAGC